GCAGAAAUGUGGGAGCUGCACAGUUUCAUCUUGUAUAAUAUUUUGCACAUGGCCAAGAUAAACCAUGUCCUGAUACUGCACUGUUGGUCAGAGGAAUCCCUGGCACACUUUGCACUCUUAGCCAACACGGAAAAUGCCUUUACCCAAUUCGAGGACCUCAACACGAAAAUUCCACUUGAAGAUCAGCUCCUGAGUCACAAUGUCCGCAAGUUGGGCGUCUUCAUGGACAGCAAUUGUGUUCAAAGCGAGAGUAUUUUACAAAAGGGCAACGACAAGAAGCUCUUCAGCCAGCGAUAUCACUGGCUCAUAUACGACCGCUUGCCAGGUCUCUCCAGAAUGGAGAGUCUCUUCCGGGAAGCCCAACUCUUUGUCGAUGCUGAUGUGACCUAUGCCAUAGCCGAUGCCCAAUCUCCCAGCAGAACCCUCUUCAAUGUCACUCUCUACGAUCUGCACAACAAGGGCAGACAGUUGGGCGGGAAGCUGAACGUCACAGUGGACCAGGAGAUCGUUUGCCAGGGGCGCGAAUGCCGCGUCCAGCGCUAUCUGAGUGAUCUUCAUAUGAGAGAUCGACUGCAGCAUCGAAAAUCCCUAACUGGAAUGAUAAUGCGAGCCACAGCAGCAGUCAACUCCUUGCCACUGAACACCUCGCAGGAGAAAAUUCUCACGUUCAUGGAAACCAGAGACCAGAUACAUCUCGAUACAUACGCCCGACUAGGCUACCAGUCGCGUCAGCCCCUCCGUGAGAUGUUGGACUGCAGGUUUGAGUAUAUCUUUCGUGAUCGCUGGACAGGCGAUGGAAAUGUGACGGGCGGCAUGAUCGGUGAUUUGAUCACCGAGGCGGCUGAUCUAUCGAUAGCUCCCUUCAUCUACUCCUUCGACCGGGCUCUCUUCAUAAAGCCCCUGACCAGAUUCAGUAUCUUUCGCGAUGUGUGCAUGUUCCGUAACCCCCGAUCGAUCUCCGCUGGCCUGAGUGCCACCGAGUUCCUGCAGCCCUUCAGCGCUGGUGUCUGGCUGACAUUCGGCCUGCUGCUGAUUGUGGCCGGAUGCAUGCUCUGGGCUACAUUCCGCAUGGAACGACUCAGCGAAUGGAAGCCCUCGUUGCUGACCAGCUGCCUUUUCUCCUUUGGGGUCGGCUGCAUACAGGGGGCCUGGAUGACACCCCGCUCCACGGGCGGACGCAUGGCCUUCUAUGCCCUGAUGCUGACCUCCUUUCUGAUGUACAACUACUACACAUCGAUUGUGGUGUCCAAGCUACUGGGGCAGCCUGCCAAGUCGAGCAUCCGCACACUGCAGCAGCUGGCGGACAGCAGCCUGGAGGUGGCCAUAGAGCCGACACCCUACACGAAGGUCUACGUGACCACCUCCGAUCAGCCGGACGUGCACAGUCUGUACGUGAAUAAGGUGGCAGGCAGCAGGCAAUCGCCCGAUCGCAUCUGGAUGCCCACCGAGGCGGGUGUGAAGCGUGUGCGCGAUAACGCGGGCUUCGUCUACAUCGCCGGAGUGGCCACGGCCUACGAGUUUGUGCGGAAGCACUUUCUGCCCCAUCAGAUCUGUGAGCUGAACGAGAUACCCCUGCGAGAUGCCUCCAACACCCACAGCGUGGUGUUGAAGACCUGCCCCUAUGCGGAGCUCUUCAGAUUAAACGAACUGCGAAUGCACGAGACGGGGAUCCACUUCAAGCACGAACGCUACUGGAUGCGUACCAAGCUGCAUUGCUACCAGCAUAAUCACUCGGUGGCCGUGGGCCUGGAGUAUGCCACCCCCCUGUUCAUUCUGCUACUCGGAUCGAUUGUACUCUGUGUGGGUGUGCUGGGCCUGGAGCUGCUAUGGCACAGGCACACCGCUCUCCUCCACUGA